GAGUGAGGCUCUUUAUGCGGCGGGAAGCCGUCGGCUGUUAGAUCUGCGCGCGGUUGCGGCGUCGGAGAGGAACGGUCCGGGUGGGGGUAGAGGGGGACGAGGCGAAGGCGAGGAGAGGGAGAAAGAAGAGGAAGGCGAGCGUCUGCCGGGGUGCUCCCAUUGUUCCGCACCUGCGCCGGCCGGGACACGUGGCGCCUCUGAGCCCCGCUCCUCGCCUCCGCCACUUCAUCCACACGCAGUCGCCCGGUACCAUGGGCAAGGGGGCUGGAAGAGACAAGUAUGAGCCCACUGCUACAUCAGAGCAUGGUGGAAAGAAGAAGGGGAAGAAGGAGAGGGACAUGGAUGAGCUUAAAAAGGAAGUUGUGAUGGAUGACCACAAGCUGAGCCUAGAUGAACUUCAUCGUAAAUACGGAACAGACUUGAGUCGGGGUUUGACUUCUGCACGUGCAGCUGAGAUCCUGGCUCGUGAUGGCCCAAAUGCCCUCACUCCCCCACCCACCACUCCUGAAUGGGUAAAGUUCUGUCGACAGCUGUUCGGAGGAUUCUCGCUCCUGCUGUGGAUUGGUGCUGUUUUGUGCUUUCUGGCUUAUGGCAUACAGAGCUUGAUGGAGGAGGAGGCCAACAAUGAUAAUCUGUACCUGGGUAUUGUGUUGGCAGCAGUGGUUAUCAUUACUGGCUGUUUCUCUUAUUACCAAGAAGCAAAAAGUUCCAAGAUCAUGGAGUCUUUCAAAAACUUGGUGCCUCAGCAAGCACUUGUAGUCAGAAAUGGUGAGAAGAUGAGCAUAAACGCUGAAGGUGUUGUAGUUGGAGAUCUAGUGGAGGUAAAAGGAGGAGACAGAAUUCCAGCUGACCUUCGGAUCAUAUCUGCACAUGGCUGCAAGGUAGAUAACUCCUCGCUUACUGGUGAAUCAGAGCCUCAAACCAGGUCUCCAGACUUCUCCCAUGAGAACCCACUGGAGACCAGGAACAUUGCCUUCUUUUCCACCAAUUGUGUGGAAGGCACUGCCCGUGGCAUUGUCAUUAGCACUGGGGAUCGCACUGUAAUGGGCCGUAUUGCCAGUUUGGCUUCUGGACUGGAAGGGGGGAAAACUCCAAUUGCCAUGGAGAUCGAGCACUUUAUCCACCUCAUCACUGGAGUGGCUGUGUUCCUGGGUGUCUCCUUCUUCAUCCUUUCUCUCAUCCUUGAGUACACAUGGCUGGAGGCUGUUAUCUUCCUCAUUGGGAUCAUUGUUGCCAAUGUCCCUGAAGGGCUGCUUGCAACGGUUACGGUAUGUCUGACACUAACAGCCAAGCGUAUGGCUCGUAAGAACUGCUUGGUGAAAAACCUCGAGGCCGUAGAGACCCUGGGUUCCACAUCCACCAUCUGUUCUGACAAAACAGGCACCCUGACACAGAAUCGCAUGACGGUUGCCCACAUGUGGUUUGACAAUCAGAUUCAUGAGGCUGAUACUACAGAGAACCAGAGUGGUGCUUCCUUUGACAAGAGCUCAGCCACUUGGACUGCUUUGUCCAGAAUUGCAGGUCUCUGUAACCGUGCUGUGUUUCAGGCCGGCCAGGAAAAUGUACCAAUUCUCAAGCGAGCAGUGGCAGGAGAUGCCUCUGAGUCUGCACUUCUGAAAUGCAUUGAAUUGUGCUGUGGUUCUGUCAAGGAGAUGAGAGAAAGGUAUCCUAAAGUGGUGGAAAUACCAUUUAACUCUACCAACAAGUACCAGCUGUCUAUCCACAAAAACGCAAAUCCAUCAGAAUCCCGUUACUUGCUGGUGAUGAAGGGAGCUCCAGAGAGGAUCUUGGAUCGCUGCAGCACCAUUCUUAUUCAUGGCAAAGAGCAACCACUGGAUGAAGAAAUGAAAGAUGCUUUUCAGAAUGCCUACCUUGAGUUGGGAGGCCUUGGGGAGAGAGUGUUAGGAUUCUGCCACUUGGCUUUGCCUGAUGAUCAGUUCCCUGAUGGCUUCCAGUUUGAUACAGAUGACCUGAACUUCCCUGUAGACAAGCUCUGCUUUGUAGGACUGAUGUCUAUGAUUGAUCCACCUCGUGCUGCUGUGCCAGAUGCUGUUGGCAAAUGCAGAAGUGCUGGGAUCAAGGUUAUCAUGGUUACUGGAGACCAUCCGAUCACAGCCAAAGCCAUUGCUAAGGGUGUCGGCAUCAUUUCCGAGGGCAAUGAAACAGUAGAAGAUAUUGCUGCUCGACUCAACAUUCCUGUCAGCCAGGUCAACCCUAGGGAUGCCAAAGCUUGUGUGGUUCAUGGCUCAGAUUUGAAGGACAUGACUAGUGAGCAAUUGGAUGACAUCCUGCUUCACCAUACGGAAAUUGUCUUUGCCAGGACAUCUCCUCAGCAAAAGCUUAUCAUUGUGGAAGGCUGUCAGCGACAGGGUGCCAUUGUAGCAGUCACAGGUGAUGGUGUGAAUGAUUCCCCAGCCCUGAAGAAGGCUGACAUUGGUGUUGCUAUGGGUAUUGCUGGCUCAGAUGUCUCCAAGCAGGCGGCUGACAUGAUUCUGUUGGAUGAUAACUUUGCCUCCAUUGUCACUGGGGUUGAAGAAGGGCGUCUGAUCUUUGAUAACCUGAAGAAGUCUAUUGCCUACACAUUGACCAGUAACAUUCCUGAAAUCACGCCAUUCCUGAUCUUCAUCAUUGCAAAUAUACCCCUUCCUCUGGGAACAGUCACCAUCCUCUGCAUUGACUUGGGCACUGACAUGGUCCCUGCUAUCUCCCUGGCAUAUGAGCAAGCAGAGAGUGACAUCAUGAAGAGGCAGCCCAGAAAUCCCAAAACAGACAAGCUGGUGAAUGAACGGCUGAUCAGCAUGGCCUAUGGGCAGAUUGGUAUGAUCCAGGCCCUUGGAGGCUUCUUCACCUAUUUUGUAAUCAUGGCGGAGAAUGGGUUCUGGCCUUCUGGCUUGCUAGGGAUCAGAGUUCAGUGGGAUGACCGAUGGAUUAAUGAUGUGGAAGACAGCUAUGGGCAGCAAUGGACCUACGAACAGAGGAAAAUAGUGGAGUUCACUUGCCACACAGCCUUCUUUGUCAGCAUCGUAGUCGUGCAGUGGGCAGACUUGAUCAUUUGUAAGACCCGAAGAAACUCUGUCUUCCAGCAGGGGAUGAAGAACAAGAUCUUAAUAUUUGGUCUCUUUGAGGAGACUGCUCUGGCUGCCUUCCUGUCCUACUGCCCUGGGAUGGAUGUUGCUCUAAGGAUGUAUCCUCUGAAGCCAACUUGGUGGUUCUGUGCUUUCCCAUACUCCCUCCUCAUAUUUGUGUAUGAUGAAGUCAGAAAGCUCAUUAUCAGACGCAACCCUGGCGGGUGGGUGGAAAGAGAGACCUACUACUAAAAAGUACCUAUAAACAUUCCACACACAGCCCAUGCCACCUCUCCACCAUCUCCCCUGUGUGCAUACUUUGUCUUUGCAAGAGAACUGUGCCUGAGCAGGAGUCAGCUGAAACUAAAGGAAACAUGAGGAAACGUGGACUGGAAGAGAAAGCAAGGGGGAGGCUGGGGUAGGGGGAGUGUCUGACCAUCAGUCCAGGAGGGAUGACAGUUUGAGUAGUUUUGUGUACCUUUAUGUUUUUGUAAGAGGAAACUGAAGAUUUUAUAUGUGGAUUUUUACAAAUAAAGAUGGAUUGUAAGAGGAUGCCCCCA